AUGGCGAAUUUCCUCUACUCGCAGCUCUUCGUCAAACCGGCGUACCCCACCCGGAUGGUCAAUGGCCAGACGGUCAUCGUGACGGGAUCCAACACGGGCCUGGGCAAGGAGGCAGCCAAGCACUUCGCACGGCUGGGGGCGGCGAAGCUGAUCCUGGCGGUGCGCAACAUCAAGGCGGGCUCGGCGGCCAAGGCGGAGAUCGAGAGGGCGACGCAGUGCGCACCGGGGACGGUGGAGGUGUGGGCGCUGGACCUGGGCGACUACGCGUCGGUCAAGGCGUUCGCGGGGCGGGCGUCGCGCGAGCUGGAGCGGGUGGACGUGCUGUGCGAGAACGCCGGGGUGGCCGGGGGCAAGAAGGAGAUGGUGGGCGGCCACGAGAGGCACAUCACGAUCAACGUGAUCAGCACGCUGCUGCUGGCGCUGCUGAUGCUGCCGAAGCUCAGGGAGACGGCCUCGCGGUUCGGGGUCAAGCCCCGGCUGACGAUCGUGUCGUCCGAGGUGCACGGGUGGUGCAAGUUCCCGGAGCGCGACGAGCCCAGCGUGCUGGCGGCGCUGGACGCCAGCGACGACAUGGAGGAGCGGUACCCGGUGUCCAAGCUGCUCGAGGUGCUGGCCGUCAGGCAGAUGGCGCCGCGGCUGCGGGGAGGGGUGGUGCUCAACAUGCUCAACCCGGGGCUGUGCCACUCGGAGCUGUCGCGCGAGGGCGGGCUGGGCCUGACGGUCAUGAAGUUCUUCCUGGCGCGGUCGACCGAGGUGGGCUCGCGCACGCUGGUGGCGGCGGGCCUGGCGGGCGACGAGAGCCACGGCAGGUACAUGUCUGACGGCGUCGUGACGGACCAGAGCCUGUCUGCGUUUGUGCGGAGUGACGAGGGCGACAGGGCCGGCAAGAAGGUGUGGAAGGAGCUGAGUGACAUCCUGGACCAGAUCGAGCCCGGUGUCACGAGCAAUAUCUAG